AUGGUUCCAACUUAUGGUAUGAUAAAAGAGCUCACGGAAAGCAACUUUUACGAGGUGAUUGAUGGCUCAAACAACGUCUUGGUCCAAUUUUAUGCACCAUGGUGCGGACACUGCCGGCUCAUGGAGGAGCACUACGAAGAUUUGGCCAAGUUGUACAAGCCGGUAGCAAACACCAUUAUCGCCAGGAUCGAUGCGGACCAGUACCGCUCUGUCAGAGACAAAUUCGAAGUGAACGGAUAUCCCACGAUUAAAUUCUUCCCGAGAGGAGCAAAGAUUCCGUCGGAUACUUAUAUGGGCGAACGAGAUGCUGAGACCAUGGUGAAAUAUCUCAACUCUCAGACAGGAAAUGCUGUCAAGUACUUGAAACCUGCCCGGAAGACUGUAGAUUUAGAUGACAACAGCCUUCAAACCCUGACUCUUGACAGUGGAAUGUUCAUGCUAAUCAAUUUCUACGCUCCAUGGUGUUCCCACUGCAAGCGACUCAUGCCGGAGUUUGAGAGGGUGGCGGUGGCGUUCCGGCAUGAAAGCUCGGUAAGCAGCGUGUGUCUUGGUUUGUCGGUGAUCAGAUGCAAGGUGGUGAUAGCCAAGUUCAACGCUGACAGCAAUCUUGAGCUGGCGAAGAAGCACGGAGUAGAGAGUUAUCCUACAAUCAAGCUUUAUUCCAACGCUUCCAAGGGGGGAAUUGUGUACGAUGGCGGAAGGGAUGCCGAGUCGAUGAUCGAUUUUGUGAACCGCCAUGCUGGGACGCUGCGGAAGUUGGGGGGAGGACUGAGAGAAGAGGCGGGGAUCGUGGCGUCUCUCGACCGUCAUGUUGAAGAUUUCCUAAGAGAUCGAGACCCGAAACAAGAAGCUCCUCACGCGCAGGAUGGGUCUUACUACAUCCACCUGAUGCAAAGAGUGCUUGAGAGGGGGGAGGAGUUUGUGAAGGAGGAGCGAGAGAGGCUGGCAAGAGUUGCAAGUGGGUCGCUCACCCCUCGCAAGCUCACGGAGAUGCACAAGAAGCUCCACGUGCUCGACGAGUUUCUUGCCAAGCUGGAGGGGAGGAAGCAGGGAGAGUGA